GACAAAACAGUAUCCAUCGCUGCAGCUCGGCUGUGUUACAUUUGACCUCAAAGCUCCAGUGAAUUCAAGGGAUAUUAAAACAAUGACACAGCAGAAGUGCCAGCAAUCUGCAGGAUAUAAAGACAGAAGCAGCAGAGGUGGCUCAACACACCAGCUGAUCCUGAACCAGGCUACACUCCCGGUUCAUCAUCAUCAUCAUCAUCAUCAUCAUCAUCAUCAGCAUGAAGGCUUUCAGCGUGUCUCUGACACUCUGCACCUUUCUGAUCUUAAGCGAUGCCUACCCGAUCAACCCCACCAGCCCCAUUUUUGACAAUGGGGGCCUCUGUGAACAAAUGAGAAAUCACAGCCAGGGCCUGAUUGGAGAGUUUGUCCCACAGUGUGAUGCUAACGGGAACUUCCUCCCGCAGCAGUGCUGGGCGUCCACCGGAUACUGCUGGUGCGUCAAUGUCAUCACGGGGGAGGAGAUACCGAACACGAAGACACCACCGGGUGUCACACGUGUUCAAUGUGGCAGGAACUCCUGCCCAAAGGAUUGGUCCCGCCUUGGAAAACGAUGUUUCGUCUUCAUCGACAGCCCGAAGACUUGGUCUGAAGCCGAGGGUUACUGCCUGUUUGAAGGAGCCAACCUGGCGUCGGUCCACAGUAAUGAGGAGAAUAAUUUCAUUCGGAUUUUGACCAGAGGAGACACCCACAAAUUCCCCCUAACAUGGAUCGGUGGCAGCGAUUGCAUUCAGUCCGGUUUUUGGAUGUGGACUGACGGCACCAUGUUUAACUACGAAAACUGGUCCACGAAACUGGACUACAAUAUGGAAGACAAAAGGAGAACAAUGCACUGUCUGGAGAUGAAUUAUGGAUAUCGCAAGAAGUGGGCCACCGCCUCCUGCAAUGACACUCUCCCUUUUGUUUGUGCCAAGGAGAUCUGACACAUCUGAGGAGGCCCGAAGAGCGAGAUCUAACAGUCUGAGUAACGUAACCUCACUAUGUAAUCACACUGUGGGAUCCAGAUCCAUUUACAGGUCCCACGAACUCUCUGAUUUCUUUCUAGUUAGACAAGUUUAGCACGAUCCACUAUCAAUCCUGUAACAUGAUGGUUGUUUAACAGACAUUGUGUUCAUGAUGUUAGUGUAUUUUGUUUAACGCACAAAUUAGUCUCAGCUAAAUUGGAGAGGAGGCUCUUCUGUCUGUGUGAGGGAGACGACAGGAAGUGCAGUUUUGGAAAUCUGUUCUGUGUUUGAACGAGGAUGAAGUAAGAGAGAUAUGAGUGAGCAAAUCAGGGAAGGUAGAAUAGCUAGUGCAUCCUGUCAGUGAGCAGAGGAGUCCUUUCUUUAAGAAAAAGCUGAGAUAGGGAUGUUAAUCAAUGAUAUGCAUUAAAAAAACUCACUUGGGUCUAGCUCCGUUCCAAAAUAAUAUGAUCAAUGAAACAGUGUCUUCCACUUGUCAGAGCAACAAUUAAGUACUGUACUAAGCCAACAUAAUUAAUAAGUAAUACAAUCAGAAAGAAAUCUGUUCAAAUGGGGAACCAAAGACUUUUGAACACCUGUUUCUUUAACAUGUUUAUACUGUAAGAAAUUAACAAUAAAAGCUCAUUGUCACAAAGACCUAGGCACAUUUAAGGAAGGGGAGUGAAGAUGGGGAUUAAGGAUUGAAAUGGUUCAAAGCCAAUUUUAGAUGUAGGAAAUGUGUCCUGACACCGGCCAAAAUGCUGUAUAAAAAAUGACAUUUCAGCUGUCUAUGGCUGUAGUCUGUUGAUGUGUCUUGGACAGCUCGGUUUACUUGUAAACAUGUAAUUGUUUCAAAUAAA